AUGGUGAGAGUUUGGAAGGACAAUGUUGACUGCUCAAGACCUCCUCCAGGACCACUCUCAAGACCUGAAGGUCCCAAGAGCAGGUCCUUAAAGAGCCACUCGAGGGACCACAAAGGACCACCUCUCCGGCGGGCCAUUGUGUGCCCUUCCCCACCUCUGAUUGAGGCGCGGCUCUUCCCGGACCACCAGAGUCCCGCCGUGAGAGUCCCCAGAGGAGCGUGCAGGCCCCUGGAGCGCCCCGCGGGAGGCUCUCAGGCCCCGGCAGGAGGACGGGAGGGUAGAUGGUUCUUAAAUUCAGGGAGUCCACUAGGGAGGGAGUCAUCUCCCAGCUCCUUAAGUAAUCUUCCUACAUACUAUUCAUCUCCCGGUGUCGUCUCUACUCCCCGAGUCAUCUUACAACCCCCUGAGUCAUCUCCCAGCCAUGUCUCAUCUCCCUCCCUCCCUUACCUGGCCUCCACUACCCAGGUCAUCUCCCAGGCCCUCCUAAUUCUUUCACCUGCACCCAUCCAUCCAUCAACCCCUGCCCGCUGCCCCCACCCCCCAACCCUCGCCCCGCCGCGCCCCCCCACAGUGUACUGUGUGGAGCCACUGUUUCCUGCUCUGAUAAAAUCUUCAUAG